AUCCCGUGGAUCAGAGAGUAAAAGAUAGAUGACGUCAUACACAGGCGCCAUUUUCUCAGUGAAUUCAGGGCGUGCAGACGCCGCAGAUAUGACGUUAUCACCCAUCUCCUGAUUCCCUCUCCUCCUGGCAGUGCCCAUCUCAUCCUCCAGGGGAGAGGGGACCGUACAGUGAUCUGAGGAGGAAUAUCACAGCUCCCGGCACACGCUGAUAUGUGGAGGGGGAGUAUAUAGAGGAACACAGGGGUCUGUACAAGGACGUGAUGAUGGAGAAUCACCGGCCCCUCACAUCACUGGAUGGGCCCAGUAACAGAGAUACCCCAGAGAGAUGUCCCCGUCCUCUGUAUUCCCAGGAUUGUACAGAGGAGAAUCACAGGAUCCCACAGGAGGAUCAGAGUGAAGAAAUGAUUGUUAUUAAGGUAGAAGAUAUAGAGGGAGAAGAAGAGACGUAUGUGACUGAUAUGAAGGCAGAAGAUAUAAGGGGAGAAGAAGAGACGUAUGUGACUGAUAUGAAGGCAGAAGAUAUAGAAGAAGAAGAAGAGACGUAUGUGACUGAUAUAAAGGCAGAAGAUAUAGAGGGAGAAGAAGAGACGUAUGUGAGGGGUGAUCAGCAGUGUAAGGAGGAGGAGAUCCCUACAGAUAUCAGCACAGCAGUUGGAGACCUCAACAGGAAUACCUCAGAGGAACAUCUCCUUAUCUCUUCAGAUGGUGAAAUCAAAGAUAACCUCGCACAAGAUGCUCAGGGAGAAAAUUCUAUUACUCCAUCUGAUCCCUGUUCUCAUGGGGAACGUUCUCCCGAUAACUCAGAUAUCAGUUCAGCUAUUUCAUCUCUUAGAGUAGAUAAGGCAUUUCCCUCUUCUGUAGAUAUCAGAUGUUUUACAAAGAUCACAAAGCCUAUUACCCAUCAGCCAGCUAAAGCAAGUGAUAGGCCAUUUCCAUGUUCUGAGUGUGGGAAAUGUUUUACACGAAAAGAUGGUCUUAUGAUACACCAGAGAAGUCACACAGGUGAGAGGCCAUUUCCAUGUUCUGAGUGUGGGAAAUGCUUUACACGAAAAGAAUGUCUUAUUAAACAUCAGAGAAGUCACACAGGUGAAAAACCAUUUCCAUGCUCUGAGUGUGGGAAAAGUUUUAGACAGAAAUGGGAUCUUGCAUCACAUCAGAGAAAUCACACAGGUGAGAGGCCAUAUUCAUGUUCUGAGUGUGGGAAAUGUUUUACACAGAAAUCGCGUCUUGUUUCACAUCAGAGAAAUCACACAAGUGUGAAGACAUUUCCAUGCUCUGAGUGUGGGAAAUGUUUUACUGACAAAUCAGCUCUUGGUGUACAUGAGAGAAGUCACACAGGUGAGAGGCCGUUUCUAUGUUCUGAGUGUGGGAAAUGUUUUACACAGAAAUCAUCUCUUAGUGCACAUAAGAAAACGCACACAGGUGAGAAACCAUUUCCCUGUUCUGAGUGUGGGAAAUGUUUUUUAGUGAAAUCAAAUCUAGUAAAACAUCAGAUACAGCACACAGGUGAGAGGCAGUUUCCAUGUGCUGAGUGUGGGAAAUGUUUUACCCGGACAUCAGAUCUUGUUAAACAUAAGAGAUGUCACACAGGUGAGAGGCCAUUUCCAUGUCCUGAGUGUGGGAAAUGUUUUAUCCAGUCAUCAGAUCUUAAUAAACAUAAAAAACUUCACACAGGUGAGAAACCAUUUCCAUGUUCUGAGUGUCGGAAAUGUUUUACACAGGUAUCACAUCUUGUUUCACAUCGGAGAACUCACACAGGUGAGAAACCAUAUCCAUGUUCUGAGUGUGGGAAAUGUUUUGGACAGAAGUCAUCUCUUGUUGCACAUAAGAAAAUGCACACUGAUCAGAAACAAUUUCCAUGUUCUGAGUGUGGGAAAUGUUUUACAUAUAAAGUCAGUCUUGAUAAACACCAGAAAACUCACACAAAAACCCAACUAGAUAUUAAUAUUGUAAAUUCCUAAAUACACGGACAUAAUAAUAAAUAAUAAUACCACAAUUCAAUGAUUAAAUCGCAGACUUAAACAACAAAUUAAAACAAAAAUAGAAAUGUUAAAAUCAGUAAUAAUCUUGCUGGUGUCUGAAAGCAACGCGUUUCAUGAAUCACAGUUUGAUUCUACUCUGCCUGUGAAAGCAGAAACCUGUGAAACGCAGGUUAUUCAAUUUCUAUAUUCAAUCAUAUAGUGUGAAGUCUUUCGUGUAUGUUAUUUUGAUCUUCUGAUUUUGGUUAUUUGCAGUAAUAACGUGAGUUUAUUACAAGAGUUCUUCACUCCAGGGCCCAACAGUGUAUAUAUGUCAUGAUUUGUUCAUUAAAAAUACAGUUGUUACUGAUACUGUCUGUCUACUUACUUGGAGCAUAUACAAUCCAAAACAAGGCUAUUAAAGUAUUAAUUAUCAACAAAGAACAUUUUGAGCCCGGUGCUCUCUGAACAAGGUCACUGCGGAUACGAUUUAAUUGGAUUAUCGUACGAUCUUCCAUGCAUAUACAGUCCAUGGUGGUGGACACUGGUUGAAAAUCCCGUUUGACCUCCGAUAGUGUGAAGGCCUUUCAUUAAUUCCUAUUAUUCCAGGCUUUAUAACUUGGCGGAGGGCUCUCUGGAGUCCGUUAAUCGGGUAGGAGCCGAGGCGAUCACGGCGUAUCUUAAAAGUAUUGAUGUUCCCAAGCUAACUGAGGAGGAGGCACUGUUGCCGGGAUAGGCCUUCCACUCAGGAAGAAGUAAUUGAGGCAGUCAAAGCUUUCCCAUUGGGGAAGAGCCCUGGGCCGGAUGGAUUUCCUAUCUCCUACUUUAAAACGUUAAGUGAUUUUCUGUUACCCAUGAUGCUCCGAGUUUUUAAUGCAGUUGCAUAUCUCUGCUCAGUCCCUAGAAGCUCACAUCAUCAUCAUUAAUAAGGAGGGGAAAGAUCCGUCUUGCGCUAGUUACAGACCCAUUUUCUCCUAAAUGUGCACUUUAUGCUAAUAGGCUUAAGAUAUUAUUACCGGCCUUAUUUCAUACUAUAUCAGAUGGGAUUAGUCCUGGACUGCGAGGCCCAUGACAACACUAAAAUGAUGAAUUUGAUUUACCAAGUGACCCAGUCACCGAUGCCUAUGAUGCUCUUGUCGACUGAUGCCCAAAGGACAUUUAACCGCAUCAACUGAGUAUUUAUACGGGACCUGUUAGAGCACUAGGGUUCAGUUCCGCUUCUUUACAUAGGUUUCAGGAGCUGUACAGGGUUAUUGAAUGGAACAUGCCAGGGAUGUCCACUGUCCCCACUGGUGUUCGUAUUAUGCAUGGAAGCUCUGGCGUGAGCCAUACGGGCCAGUCCCAACAUCAUGGGCUUGCGAGUGGCAGAUUGUGAAAUAAGUUGGUCCUUUUCGAUGAUGAUCUUCCUUUAGCAGUUAUUACCAACCCCACAGUUUCUCUACCUGUCCUGAUGCAGUAGUUUUAAACCAUGGAUAACUGUCUUUUUCUAAAAUCAAUUACUCCAAAUUAGUUGCCCUUAAUCCUUCCUGACUUUCUCAUUGGUUUGCAACAGGCAUUUCCCUUUAAAUGGCACUCAAAGUACCUGCUGAUCCCUCAUGUUUUUGGCUGUGGAACUUUAUCGUAUGGUGAGAAAUUUUGUGUCGGGUUGGAGAACUCCCUGGUUCAUGCAUGAUACUUUGUUCAGGAGGAGAAAUCUGGGGGUCUCCAACUCCCUCACUUUGUCAUCUAUAAUUAUGCCGAUAUGCUUAGCAGAAUUUACAGUUGGUUUAGACCAAGUUCUACAAAACAGUGGGUGUCUAUUGAGGGCUCGUGUUUAAAACCCCCAUUGACUGCUCUGCCUUGGCGCUCGCGGUUACCUGGUGUUUUGCAUCCAACUGUGGGUCCUGGACUAAAUUUCAUCGUCUUAUUCCCCUUUAACUCUGCUACUCGAUAAUCCUGCAUUCCCUCCAGGGCAUCUCGAGACAGGCCUUUAAGCUAUGGUUCAGCAUGUGUAUUUCAUGGACUGGGUAGUUAUAUGACUCAUCUGGAGUGAUGCCUUACCCUGAUUUCCAAAGUGGUAUCUCCAGAAUAAUGAGCUAUGGACAUAUCUCCAGGUUAAACACUUCCUUAUGUCCAGAGACCUAUGCCGUGAGGGACUCGAGAUUUGAUGCUUUUUGAGAACCAUGGUGAACAGCCCGUCAUUUUAUUGGAUCCCUGGUGGUGAUCCUCCCGUUACCCUUCCUAUAUCUCCCCCCUCUUUUCCUUGUUGGCCUUCUCUUCUCUCUUUACCCUUCCCUCAUUACUCUGUAGAAUAUAUAUUUUAAUUCUUAUGAUAGCCAUUUAUGUACUUUGGAUCCUGUUGAUAUACCACGGUCAUUCUCAUGUAUGUACUCCUGUAUCUUGAUUGUAGGAGUAUGUAAUUCUGGCUCCAUACACUUGCUGUUCUGUACACUUCUCUUUUAUUUGCAAACAAUAUUCAAUAAAAAA